CUAAUAAUAAUAAUAAUAAUAAUAAUAAUAAUAAUAAUAAUAAUAAUAAUAAUAAUAAUAAUAAUAAUAAUAAUAAUAAUAAUAAUAAUAAUAAUAAUAAUAAUAAUAAUAAUAAUAAUAAUAAUAAUAAUAAUAAUAAUAAUAAUAAUAAUAAUAAUAAUAAUAAUAAUAAUAAUAAUAAUAAUAAUAAUAAUAAUAAUAAUAAUAAUAAUAAUAAUAAUAAUAAUAAUAAUAAUAAUAAUAAUAAUAAUAAUAAUAAUAAUAAUAAUAAUAAUAAUAAUAAUAAUAAUAAUAAUAAUAAUAAUAAUAAUAAUAAUAAUAAUAAUAAUAAUAAUAAUAAUAAUAAUAAUAAUAAUAAUAAUAAUAAUAAUAAUAAUAAUAAUAAUAAUAAUAACAAUAAUAAUAACAAUAAUAAUAACAAUAAUAAUAAUAAUAACAAUAAUAAUAAUAAUAAUAGAAUAAAAUACGUUAUUCUCAAGGUUAUUCUUUAAACUGUUCACUGAGAUGAUGGUUUUAAGUAUUUAGCAGUACCUCUGGACUUUUAAAAAUGUUUGAACUAAGCUAUACGAAUGUUUGACAUUCUGAUUCUCCUAACAUUGUGGAUCACUGUCAGGAAGAAACGUUUUCUUAAUACGUCAAUAUAAUAACAUUUAUUUGGCUAUCUAUAUUGGAAUAUAAGAUUACAGUGAUUACUGGUGUAAAUGGUACAUAUAUGGAAAGAACCCCCAUGUCGGAAUAUCAUGUACCAAGAGUUUAUAUACCGUGGAAACCAUAAAAGUUAUUAAGACUAGAGAUGAGGCAUACUUCUUACCCUUCAUUUCGUUCAACAAAUUGAUAAAAUAAGGUUCACUUAGAAAACUAAGAAGCUCAUAUCUUCCUUGAGAUGAUCUAAAUAAAAAGUGUUGAAUAGGGAACACGUUUACAUUAAUGAAACAAAUGAUUUAAUUUAGAAGGUAGUUGAAAUAGAAACACGACUAAUGUUCCGUUUGACUUAUAAAGCUAUAAUUAAUCAAAUAAAUGAAUGUGAAUAGGUUUUUUAUUCAGUAAGAAGUACGUUUGAUGUUGAACUAUAAUCUCCAAAGUUAUUAAAACAAUCUUUUUUUCUAUCUCGAAAAGAUAUCUGCCCACCUUAACUAAUUAUUAAGCUUAAUAUCAUCAUUACUAUUUGAUAUUGAGUUAUUUAAUAGUGAAGUUGUUGUAUUCUAUCAAAUGGAACUAUCAAUAUUUACUUGUCAUUUUUAUUGUCUGACUAAAGUACAUGUUGUCUUAGUCAACUGUUUAAACAAUCGUAAUACACCAUAAUAAAAUUUCAAUGUUAACGUCGUAACAUAAUUUUUAAUAUCAUUUCUUUGUUUUUUUUCUUUUUUUUUCUUUUAUAUAAUUACUGUAUUCAGGUUUAUUUACAUUUUGUUUUUUUCUUUUUUGUUCACCUAAUUGGUUGGUGUGUAACUUUCAUCCAUCUCUUUAAUCAUCAUAAUUUAGAUAAAUGAGUUGAAACUUGUUAUGAAUUUAGUGGAAUGCUUUUCACUAAAUUCACUGUACAUUAUCAUUACAUUAAUAUUGUAAUGAAAAAUGUAUUAUAUUUUAAUAAAAUGUUUUUUGUUGUAAUUUUCAAUAUUAGUGUUAUCACUUUUGUAUAUUAUUUGUCGGUUUCGAUAAUGGCUGAGGAGUUCCAUACUAGGAUGAAACGGUCGGCCAGUGCUUCCAGGUUUUCUUUCCAUGGUGAUCUAGCUUCAACUGACUCAUGAUUUCAGUUAUUGACAUUACUAGAAUCUCCACAAAACCCCUUUUGGUUUUGAUAACUGUUUGUUUCUCCCCUAAUCAUUUAUUCAUUGAGUUAGUCGGAUAUAGAAAAUAUUAAACCUUUGAAAUAUGUGUAUUGAUUCAAGUUAUCUUAUCACAUUAACAUAGCGAGACAAAAUUGUAAGGAUAAAUUCCAGAAUAGAAGAACUAAUAGUAGUUUUAGUGGAAAUAGAAAAUUAUUAGGCAUUGACAAUAUAACUUGAGAAGAAUUUGUUAAAUAAUUCUGAAACUUGAAAUCUAAAGAGAAACAAAGAAUGAAUGCAUCUGCACUACUGUCAUCAGUUAUGGGCCUUAUCACUCAUAGUCUUCAAUGGGCGAUUACGAUAAUCGCGUGGACCCUAACCAGGUGCUUUGAACCUGCCAACAUGACUAAGUCUAGUAGUUAUUGUCUUGAUGAACUGGUGCCACGUUUUGGUUUGAUCAUAUCCAACUCUCCACUAACCUAUUUCAUACCAGCAAACAUCUCGCGUUGAGGUAGGCGGUGGUCGGGCUUAACCAAUAUAUAUAUAUAUAUCCUAACCACCUUACUUAUUGAGAAUUCACGAUCUCAUCGAUAGAUUUGGCCUCUUUACCUAGUACCCUGAGUCUAACCUUAGCAAUAGCCCACCUGAUGGUCUAAACUUACAAAAGCAGUGGUUCAAAGGCAUCAUUGAUGUUUAAUUAUUGAUAUCUAACUGAGCUGAUAUUUUAUUGCAGUGGAAGAUUGAGAGGGAGAUGUCUAAAGGGUUUCAUUGUUUUGACAAAUAGUAAAUAGUUGUGCUUGUCGGUAAGCAUUUGAUUUUCCUUAUAUUUAAAAAGGGUUUUCUACCAUAAAAAGGCUACUUUUGAAAUGUUUACAUGAUGGCAUAAUGAAACUCUUAAUCACCAGGUUAAAACUGAAAUAAAUGACUUUAUCUUUUCUCAAAGCAAAAGCUGUUUGAAUUACAAUUAUGGUUCUGUUUACUCACAAUCAAUAACUACUAAAUGGAUGGAUUUUCUGUUAACUAGAUUCAAAUAGUUGGAGAAAUUGACCAUGUAUCUUCUGAUUUAAUAGAAAUAUGUUUGUUAGUCGUUAGGGCACUAAAGUAUAUCAUUCUUCACUUGAAUAUCUAGCAAUUAAUUCAUAAAUUCUUCAAGUCUACUUUGUUUAUUUGGAUCUUAAAGAGAUGUUUGAUCUUUAAAUGGAUAUUCUUUUACUGAACGGAAAUUACUUAUUUUGUCUAGCCCUCGACUUAGUUAAAAUUAUUUAAUCAUACUUCCUUAAUAUGUUCAAAUUAUUUAGUUACCCCUAAGUCUGAAUACCUUUUGAAUACACAUAUGGGAUGCUAAAAAUCAAUGAUUAAGUGCAAUUUAC